CACAAGAAUCCGUGGUUGAGCCCCUCCGGAAAUGGACUGGAGAAACUCCUCCUGAGCUACAGUCCCUAGUGCAGGAAAUCUGCGUGUCUUUGCAAAGACAAAUGAAGAACAUUAGAUCAGUCCAGAAAAAACAUGUCGUCGAGAAGACCAUUCAAGCAUCCGAUAUAACACAGCAAAUAGCCAAUAUGAAGAACUGCCUAAAUAAUGCCAUUCAUCGAUUCGAGCUGAGAUCAUUGACAUUAAUCUUGCUUCGUACCGAGCAUUCAUCUGUUCAAUCUGAGCUAUCGAGACUCAAGCGAGUCCCAGCUGAGUACACGUGUGUGACUAGCAAAUCAGAGUGUCUUCCGGGGACGCAGGUCAAGAUACAAAAAUCCCUACUUAGACACCUGAAGAACGCCGAGAGCCGAUUUGUUUGGUUAAGGGGCUCUCCUGGAACAGGGAAGACUGCAAUCUCUAUGAGUGUCGCAUCCACUCUUGAGAAACGGGGUACUCUAGCAGCGUCAUACUUUUGGGAUAAGAACCAGAGCGGAACGGGCUUGGAUUCUAUCGAACAGUUCCCCUCUACCCUUGCCCACCAACUUGCAUCCUUCAGUGAGGACUUCAAAUUGUCGCUUGUCAGGCACCUUCGGAAACCAGCUUUGGCCUCAGUUCAGAAUUUCCCUCUGGAAAAACAAAUAAGGACUCUGGUGAUUGAGCCGGUGUGUGAGUUGAAGGAUAUAUGGUCUUCGGGCAAGGAUCGUGUUGUCAUCGUUUUGGAUGGCCUUGACGAGUGCGGGAAUCAGGAGAUACUCAAAUCCCUGAUGAUGCUAGUUCUUACCCUUCAGGAGCUGCCACCGGCGUUUGCUGUGCUAUUUAGCUGUCGCCCUGAGUCAGGAGUCAUUUCGGCUUGGUCUAAGGCUCGAACCAAGGGUCUUAUCAUACCGUGUGAAGAUGUGGACAACAUCGUGUCGGAUGUAGCUUUCUCCACAGUGCGGUGUAUGGUGGCGGAUGGGCUUCAGGAGCUCAUUAGUGAAUCUCCGUGGAAACCAAACAAGAGGGAACUCACUGAUUUUGCUCGGGCCUGUCGGGGGUUACCUGUUAUGGCAUCUAUCCGGGUUCGCGAUGCCGGCCUGCAGACACGGCGUGGCCGCACCUUACAGUCGGUGUUCCGGGAGUUGCUAACCCUCACCGAUGCACCUGCCAACCUCAACUGGGAGUACUUGCGAAUCCUUCGACGAGCCUACAUGCUGGAUUCAUCUGAUAUUCACCCAGAUGUAGCCAAGAAGUAUCGCUUAGUGGUUGGUGCGAUUGUUGCGGCGCACGAGCCAAUGAGGGUCUCUUUUAUGUCACAGCUUUUCAACAUUGGCGAAGACGAGAUCCGUGCGACAUUGGAACCAAUCAGCUCCAUCGUCAAUCUUCCCUCAGGGAACACAGAGGAAGUCACCUUAUAUCAUGCAACGGCACAAGAAUUCAUCACAGGGGAACCAAUUGGUAAUGAGAAGGACAAAGUAUUUUUCAUCGAUGACCCGAAAGGGUAUUUCCUUGGAUUGCCACUGCUUCGCCUCUUCAGCAAUUAUUGUGAGCUGGAUGCAUUCGGAAUACCUACGAAUCCCCCUUUAGGAGAUGAAAGAAUAUGGAGGGAAUUUAUGACGAAAAAGGAGAAAUAUUUGUGGGGCCUCAACUAUGUUAUUGUAGACUUGCUCAGGCACUUGGACCCUUCCCAACUUUUUUCACAAGAGUCCAAUGAAUUGCAGAACGAGUUUAAUUCCUUCAUCACGCAAAACUACCUCUUGACUUUCAUGCACUUGCAAGAUGUGGGCUAUAGCAGAAGUUCAAUUCCCGACGAAUUACUUCAAUUCAAUGUAAGUAUAAACUAUUCCUCCGGCGUUUUUCUGAUGUCAUUUUUGAUAGAAUCACAAUUCAAUCCAACUUCUGAAAGGUUUAAAGGAGCUAGCUUUCACUGCUGCGGAUGCACCAUGGGAAUUCUACCGAUCGGAGCUCCCUUUUGCCCCACCCUCGUCAUCCCUUCACAAACAAUAUGGCCAUCUUGCUGAUCCUGUCCGGAUCUUCUCCGCUUUCGGCGAGUUUUCUGGUGGCACCAUUCCUU